AUGGUAGCCCAAUUGGGUCAAACGGUGAUCGCGGACACGGAAAGCGAGACGGACACCGAAAAGGAAAAUUGUCCUCCUGCCUGCGCGGGGUCUUCAGAUAGCGGAAAUGACAGGUCCUCUGGCUGCGAUGCAGGAAGAAACGGGCUUAAUGAAAAGCUUAGGAAUGGCGAUGGCGAGGGAGUUCCGUUUUUUCACUCUAGUCGUUUUUCUAAUGUACCGCCGACCGUUUACUUCCCAUUUCCGCCGGAUAAAGAGACGGCGCACUGGAUAGGCUACUGGGGACGCCACCUCAGCACUUCUGACAUGAAGGACAUAUUUCCAUAUCAAAAGGUGAAUCAUUUCCCGGGCAAUUUCCAAAUCGGCCGAAAAGACCAUCUUUGGAGAAAUUUCUCAAGGUUCAGAGCCAAGUACGGCAAUGACGUGUUCAAUUUUUUGCCUGAAACAUACGUCCUUCCAAAGGAUCUUAGGAAACUGAAGUUCGCCAUGCGAAAAGAGCUAUCACCUUGCAUCUAUAUCCUGAAACCGGUAAGAUUUUUCAUCCACGGC